AUGACGUCCCCGAUCACCUGCCAUGUCCUCGACAGUGCACUUGGCAGGCCAGCUGAAGGUGUAGAGGUCCGUCUGGAGCUGCUCAGUGAUCGCGACGACGGCACUAACAGCUCAGAGCUGCUUGGCACAGGCCAAACAAAUGCAGACGGACGCUGCACCAGCCUCCUCCCAUCGUCACACACCCUGACCUCCGCAUCGUCGUAUCGUCUCACAUUCCUCACUGGCCCCUACUUCGCUCGAGACGCACGCAAGACCUUCUAUCCGCGCGUGGAGAUCCUGUUCACUGUGAGCGAACCGGCAGAGAAGCAUUAUCAUGUACCACUGCUUUUGAGCCCCUUUGGUUAUACGACCUAUAGGGGUUCGUGA